AUGUUACUAAUAUUUCAAUGUAAUUGUUUUAGAUGGAUAGAAAAAUCUGUUAUUUCCUAAUUAUGUUUUGUUAUUGUUGUGUGGUAGAGUUUAUUAUGUUUGAAUAUGUACUUAAAAUUACUUAAUAUAAUAUGAAUAUUAAUAAUGCAAGUAAUAUUAACAAUGACAGUAGUAGGCCAGUAACACCAUCAGAAGAAGAUUGCUGCCACAAUGGAUGUAACCCUUGUAUCUUUGACAUACAUGCAAAAUUAUUGGAGGAGUAUAAAAAGAAGAAGAAAGAAAAUGUAGAAGUACAAAACAGGAAAAAUAUACUAUGCCAAUUUUCGUACAAGACUUUCGAAAUCACUGACAUAAAAGAAACAUCGGAUGAUUAUAUUUUACUCCUUUUGAAAUGUCAAGAAAUAAAUUCAAAAAAUAACAUGACCUUGUUAAUAGAACCAGGACAACAUGUUAUGUUACAUUUAUAUGAUGCGACUAAACCAUUCACACCAUUUUAUUAUACAGAUGAUACCAUUCAAUUUUUAAUCAGGCUUUAUCACACUGGAAAGUUUAGUACAUAUUUAAGAAAUGCAAAAAUUGGCGAAAGAAUUCGUGUUAGAGGACCAUAUGGGAACUUUAAGUAUAAGCACAACAGUUUUCAGAAUAUAAUUAUGUUUAGUAUGGGAUCUGGAAUAACAGCAAUGUAUCCCAUAUCAAAAUCAAUUAUAGACAAUGAACUUGAAGAAACAAGGAUUCAUUUUAUUGGAUGCUUUCUAAAUAUAUUACAGAUUCCUUUGAAGAAGGAACUGCAAAUUUUAUCAGAUUAUUGGAAUUUUAAAUGUGCAUUAUACAUAUCAGAAUUGCAAAACGAAGUUCAUGAUCUUCAUGGUAUAAAUAUAAAACCUGGCCGAUUAAAUAAAGAGUCAGUCCAUCAAAUACUUGAAGGUAAUAUGAAUAAUACAACAUUAAUCCUAAUAUGUGGUUCAAACGAAUUCAAUAAGUCUGUUGAACAAUGGGCAAGAGAAAUGAAUUAUAAACACAUAAACGUGUUUGAAUGAUAAACCAAUGAGUAAACAUAUCAUGUAACUUAUCUUAAAUGAAGGUGCAUUAUUAAGAAUA